AUGCCUAUGGUACGGUGCUAUAAUAAAGGUUGCGGAAAGGAAUUCAAUUCUGAGGAAAAUGAAUCAAACGCCUGUCAGUACCAUCCAGGUGAACCGAUUUUCCACGACGCCAAAAAGAAAUGGUCCUGCUGCAAAAAGUAUAGUACUGACUUCGGUGAAUUUUUGAGCAUAAAAGGCUGUACUGUUGGUCGGCACAACCCUGAGAAGCCGAAACCUGCUGUUGUAGAAAAACCAGUAGCUGAGGUCAAAAUCGCGCCGCCUCCUCAACCGGCUCCUAAACCGGCCCCAAAAAUUCCCCUUGAGAGGCCUUCAGCUGAUGCUCCCUUGACAGUGCUAACUCCAGUUGUGUCGACAAGCCUUAAAAAAUCUCUGGAAUUGUUAAAGACUAAGUGUGCUCCUAGUUCCGAUGCGUCUGGAGAUAAAGGUUUCACAACGUGCUGUAAUAGCGGAUGCAAAGCAACUUACUCUGGGCCAGACUCCAAUAAUGAAACGUGUAUGUACCAUCCAGGCGCGCCAGUCUUCCACGAGGGGUGCAAGUACUGGAGUUGCUGUCAACGAAAGACAACUGAAUUUGAGUCGUUUUUGGCGCAAGAAGGCUGCACAUCUGGCCGACAUGCAUGGACCAAAGAGGCAGCUGCUUCCAGUAAUCUGGUGGCGUCGCCGGCGACAUCGCAGUGCAAUUUCGACUGGUUCCAAAUGCCAGAAACUGUCACUCUUUCGGUUUACGCAAAGAACACUCUACCCGAGUCCACGGAUAUCCGCUGCAACGCCGUGUUUCUCACCAUAUCACUUCUCUACGAUGGUGGAAGGUCCCGUUUCGAACGACCAUUCAACCUCUACGGAAUUAUUGAUCCGGAGAAAUCGCGUGUCAACCUGAUGGGCACCAAGGUGGAGGUUGUGAUGCGCAAGGCGGAGGCCUGUUCGUGGCCCACACUCGAGCUGAAGCCGCCGAAACCCGCUACGACGGAGGUAGAGGAGGACGAAGAGGUGGGUCCGAAGGCAACCGUCAACGCAAACUAA